AAACGAUCAUAAAGUCGAUAGAUAUGCUUGUCAAAACUUUCCUCUUUCUGCGCUGUUUCGUGCUGUUAGCCGGUGUCGUGGAUGCGCUUGAAGGGGCGCUGCUCUAAGUCUCCGCCAGCGUCCAGUCUUGCAUCUUUCCAACUUUUAGUUUGUUUUCUUAAACUUUUGAUAAAAAAAGGGUCGUUACGUUGGUGGGCAAACGAUCUGGAAGACAACGUAAGACAGCCAGCAACGUGGUUGUUUUUAAGAUCGUCACAUGGAUGACAUAGAUGCAAUCAAAGCAGAGUACGGUCUUUCAGACGAACAAAUUGCUGAAUUCAAGGAGGCUUUCGGGCUGUUCGAUCAUAACGGUGAUGGGUCCAUUGAGGCCGCCGAACUAGGGGUUGUAAUGAGAUCUCUCGGACAAAGGCCUACGGAGGCGGAACUGGUCAACAUGAUCCGGCUCGUUGAUCAAGAUGGUAAUGGCACUAUCGAGUUCAACGAGUUCUGCUUCAUGAUGUCCAACAAGAUGAAGGAGCGCGAUAGCGAGAAGGAGCUGAAGGAGGCGUUCCGUGUCUUCGACAAGAACGGCGACGGCUUCAUCUCGGCUCCUGAGUUGCGGAACGUCAUGACGAACCUCGGAGAGAAGCUCACCGACGAGGAGGUCGAGGAUAUGAUCAAGGAGGCCGAUCUGGACGGGGACGGGCUUGUCAACUACGACGAAUUUGUGAAUAUCUUGACAGGCAAGCAAUGAUGACAAGGUGCUACCUGCUUGUAUAUAUUUUUACCAAGAACACGAGACAAGCACACCACGAAUCUUCUUCCCUGAUCCUCAACGACGAUGAUGCUCAAAGUGAGACCCAGAUUUUGAAGAACUUGGUCUGACGUGCUAUUUUUUUAUGAGAAGAUCUACUACAAGAGCCGUUAGCCGUGCGUUCCCUGUUUUCUUUCGUUUUUGCCACCUCAUGGUUCUCACAGACUGUCCGUUGCCCGAUGGUAUAUUUCCGCGUAGGCAGCUGGAUGUGUGCACUGUUUUCGACUAACAGCGCCAUCUUCCGUCGCUUGCGUGCAAAUGUCAUUUUUAAUGAUUCACUUGAAAGUUCUCAUUCUUCGGAAAGUUUUUAGUUCUAAGCAAAACUUAAAAAUUCUUCUCUUACUGCUUUAUUUAUUUUUUAAAAGGCAAAUAACAUUAAUAUUAUUAUUAUAUUAUUACAUUAAUUAUUACAUUAAAUUAUUAAUAUUAUUUAACAUUAAUAUACUUACUUUCAUUGGCCCGUAUGUAUAUUAUUUAUAUUAUGGAGAACAGGGUAAAAUUUGUUGAUAGCAAUAAUAAAAAGAGAAUGCAGAAAGAAGCUCUACGAAAAUUAUCGUUUAUUGUUAUUGCUAUAAAAUAUUAUUACUUCAUGGAACUUCUUUUCGUCAAAUUUUCGAACUUCUGAAUUAGUUUUUUCAUUUAAGAGAGAAAAUAAAAAUUAACUGCGAAAUCUACCUUUUUACUAAUUUUUUUUUAUAUUCAUUGUGCAUAUCAUUUAGUAAAGUUUUUUAUGCAUUAAUCUAAUCCUUCUUGUUAUCCGUAUUAGAUAAAUUUCAAGUUGAAAUUUGAAUGAAAAAAGAAUAAAAUUUGGCUCAAUUUGAAAAUGCCAUGAUGACCAGAUUCAGAGUUUACUGAAUAGAAAUGUUGUAUUUGUUUAAUCUGUUAGAAAGCCGUAUUCGGAAAAUAUCGUUUGCAUAAGCAAUAUUCAAAUAUCUGAUAAUAACUUUUAAUUUUAUCUCAUUUUUCCUAAUUUUUUUAAAUCAAAAUGCUGUAGUUUAGAAAAAAAUAAUUUAAAAAUGCAUUUAUCCUAUUUAUUAAAAAUAUCAUGCUUUCCUAGAAAAAUUUAGAUUAAUUGAAUUAAUUUUAGAAAGCUUCUAGUAUUAGAAAAUAUAAUUUUUUUUUUAUUGCAACGCGAGACUUUUACUGCUGAUAUUAUUUCGGCAAUGGAAUAAUUACUUCCGUCAUUCACCACAUGCAAGAUCAGCACGUGUUCUUUAAUGUUCUGCAAUUCGAAUUCCACAAAUUCGCAUUGAAGGUAUUGCAGAUUUUAACUUAAGGAUUUGGGCAGGCUGCCAUUUUGUCUUCAGCCCAACUUCUGAAAAUAACUCGCGUCUGAAAUGGAUUAUUUUCGUGUGAGACAAUGAGGGUUUGCCUCGUCUCAUCUUCUCGGUGAAAAAGUACAAGAUGAUACAAGUUUAGAUAAUGAAAGAAAGGGAUAAUCUGAUAUCAAAUGAAUACAACAUACAGUAAAUCUUAAAAUACCAAAGAAAAACUAAUAAUACAAAUAACAUCGAGAAAUAAUAUUAAAAUAGAAUAUUUUUCUUAGUUUUGUUUCUGAUAAUUGUAAUUAUAUUAUUUAACUAUCGCACAAGCGUUUGCUAUGCGAAUUUUUUAAUAAAUAUUUAGAUAAGCAGGAAUUGAAUAUCAGUAUCAAAAUCCGAAUAUAACUAGAAUUCCAAAUUCUUGAUAAAAAAAAUCUGUUUAUUCCUAAUAAAAAAAAUACCAACUCAAAAAUAAUAAUCUCAGCUAUAAAGUCAGCCAACUGAUUAGUUAUACUAUCGAGUGGUUGUUUACUUCCAUGAAAUUACUUCACUUCAUUUUACUUAAAAAUGAAGCAAAAUUUAAUUAGAAAAGGAAUUCUUUUAAUUGUUCAUAACUGAAUAAAUUAUUUCUAAAUAAAGACGAAUGAUCAAUAAAACUUGUAUUGUGCAUACAGAAUUUUAAAAAAAUGUUAAAUUCAAGCAAUUUUAAAUAUAAUCAGUAACAUUCUAUUGAUAUUCUUAUUUGAAUUAGUGCAUUCAACAGCAAAAGUAUAAUCCUGAACCUCACUUAAAAUUACUGUUCUUGUUAGAACUCUAGUAUAAAUUCUGAUUGCUAGUUCAGUGAUGAUAAAAUUAGAAUAUAUUUUUAUCUAGUAUCGUAGCUAUUAGCAGAAAUGGUAUUUUUGAAGGAAACUUGUAAAUCAGUAUUGCGUCCAUUUCGCAAAACAGCGCACUAUCCAGUUGCCUACUCGAGGACUGAUUAUAAAAAAAUCUUCACCUAUUCCAGCUUCUGUUUCUGUUGUCCGAGCGCAUUUUUAAAGUAUUUUACUUUAUUUUUCCUCACUCGUCUGUUGAAUUUUUAGUGUUCUCUGCCCUCGGGGUACCAUUUCCUUUUGUGAGUACAAUCUAGUCGUGGCACCGUGUUAUUUUUUUUUUUUUUUUUUUUGUAUAUAAUAAAUGUAAACUAUAUCAUUGCA